AUGCUUUCCUCAAUCACUCUAAUCGGCGCUUGUGACAAUUUGUUAGCGGUGAUGAGGUCACUCAAAAAGCGGUUUACUUUUGAAGUUCACUCAUUGUUGCAAUACGAUUGGUGUCUUGAGGAUUCCUUAAAGAGGCUCAUUCAAGUUGAAGAGAUUCCAAUCGAAUCACCCAAAUUCGAGGCGACUUUUCGACAAUUUUACUCAACGGAAAUGGUGUUCUUCUCGACUGAUGAAGGCCCGAAACCGUAUGCGAAACUCUUCCAACGAGCGAUUAACAAGCAAAAGGUGGAAGUCUAUUGUGUGGCUGGCAUCGAGGUCGAGCCCCAGUGUUUCCAUAUUGGAAAACCUUCAAAUCAUCAUCUCUCAACGGUUCCAUGUGGUAUCUCGUUUGCCCUCACCGAGAAAGAUCCAAUCUUGAUUCUGCAUGGAGAGUACUUGAGAGAGAUCAAUGCUGAACGCUUGCGCAUUUGUGUAAACACUUUCACGAAUUACACCUUUGUCGUUGAUCAGGCGCGGAUUUGUGACUCGCUAGAGAAUCGAAUCACUGAAGCUUGUGGUGAUUCAGCGCCUUUCUUCAUCAAUCAACAACCAUUCCGGGGACAUUGCAAAGGAGGUGAACGCGCUCGGGAUCACUACAGCACUUGUCGUAGUGUUUACAAUGAGAGUCAGCUCAUCCUACAAAUCAAUCGCGACUUUUACACACGCAUCGAUACAUUGGCUAUCUCGUUUCGUGUUUCUGAAUGGAUUGACGAAAGUGUCGAAUACUCUCUGGAAUUAGCGCACUCUCAUUAUAAUCCAAUGAUCGUCAACAUCACUAAAUUCCAAACGGCAAAAACUGCUCUCUGGCUUGUUCUAGCGUUGCACACUCGAAAGACUUUGAAGAUUUUAACUGAAUUGAAAUCAAAUCGCUCAAACUCUAAUUGUACUUAUGAGCUUUUGAGUGGACCACCACCUGGAAAGAAUCAAUCCUACAACGAGAGACGUUUGAUGAGUUUUCGAGAUAAUACUGAGCUUAUCCCGCAGCAUCUCCAAUCCCUUGUCUACAGUCUUCACAUUGCAUCCUCAAUUACAUUUUAUAGAGAUGAUAUUGAGCUUAUCCCGCAGCAUCUCCAAUCCCUUGUCUACAGUCUUCACAUUGCGCGUGGUUGUGCGCCGAAUGUUGUUAUUAAACCCGACUUUCAUUGGGAGGAUCUUGACACGGAUAAAAGCGGUUGGAUGAAUGAGCGGCAAGAGUUGUGUGAUGGGAGUGUUUUUGUGGCCACUCAAGGUUACGCUAAUCAAUUUGAGUUAAUCGAAAAUGGUUACAAUCUCGAUUAUCGCAUUGAAUGUGAAUAUCCGAUCAAUAUCGUUGUCGAAGUGAUCGCUGUGCUCACCUCCGAGUUGAGCAUCGAUUUUGAGAGACGAGUCCUCGUUCUGCUCGGUCAUCCGAAAAUAAGCGAUGACUCAUUUGUGGUGUUGGUCGAGCCAGAAGCUCUCGUCACUUUGCUCACACAUCCGACUUUUCACGAGUUACAAAAUAUCCGGGUGAACACGGAGAUUCUGAUUGAGGAUCAUGCAUCAAAAUACGCUAAUCCGUUGAAUCGAUGCCAGAAUUUAUGGCCAGAGCUCAAAUGUGAUCAGCUAACUUCUUACUACACUUAUGCUGGAUCACAAACGGGAAUCGAUCAAAAUGGGAUCAAGUUGAACCGCGAUUCAUCGAGAACCCUCCGCUCUAGUGUGACGACGAUUUUCGCGAACAAAAGUUGCUCGUUUUGUCUCUCGUACAGAUUUGAGAAAGAAAGCUCAAACUAUCGCACCUGGGAGUCGACUGGGGCAACGCUGAUGGUGAGCAGUUACGAGUAUCCGUGGCGUUUUGAUGAACCGGACAAGUACGCGGCUGAAUGCAUGCGGUUAAGAUACGCGUUUUUUGUGGAUGCAACAGUUUGGACGGAAACGCAAAUGGAGAUAAUCUCACUCGAGAAUGGUCGACUAAAUGUGAGCGGCUAUCCGGUUGAUCCUGGCGAUCGUUUCUCGUGCACACACACGACAAAGUGUUUCGAGAAAAUAAUCACCGACAAUACUUUCAAUCUGACACUCGACUUUCGGGCAAUGUGCUUUAUGAAUCAACGCGAGAUCACUGAUUGUCUCAACAUGAAUCCAAUAGCGAUUGAUGGAGAAAUGCCUAUUUUUGAGAGUUGCAAGAAAACCUUUCGACAAGGUGAAAAUCAAACACUUGAGAGUUGUCGGAUGAAAGUCACCUCGCAAAAAUCACUGAAAUUAAUGCUAAACCCGAUGCCCGAAUCGGAAAGUGAUUACAGUGCGAUCGCAAUCCGAGUGGCUGAGUGGAUUGAUGUUGAGCAAGAUUUUCGUCUGGAACUCAUGGUGAAUCUCAUUGAGCCAACAGCUUUCCGAGUCGAGAAAGCCGAACACGAGACGUGGAUCGGCUUAGCGCUGCUGAACGGCUGGAUUCUCAAACAUUUACGCAAACUUCGAUGGGAUCGACCCGAUCACGAUUGUCAAUACGAGUUUCUAAUUGGUUCCCCGCCUGUUCUUUGGUUUAAUGAGACGCAAGAAUUGUGUGAUGGAGUGACAUUUAUCACGACACAAGCCUACCAAAGUCCUUUCGAUUUCAUGUGGGAGGAAUACUAUUUAUCGCGUUUCAUUCAUUGUCCUCGCUCGAUUGUCAAGAUUACGGUAGAAGUAGUCGCUGUAUUGAAUGCGGCACUUUCGCUGGAAUUCCAAGAUGCCGACAAAUCGAUUCGACAAGCUUACUUG